UUGCAGGUCGGCGCGUGGCUUUUUCCCUGCGGAACCGCCGCCCGCGCAGCCGCCGCCGCCGCCGCCGCGUCAUGCCGGUCGACCUCAGCAAGUGGUCCGGGCCUUUGAGCCUGCAGGAGGUGGACGAGCGGCCCCAGCACCCGCUGCGGGUCACCUACGGUGGGGGGGUGGAGGUGGACGAGCUGGGCAAAGUGCUGACGCCCACCCAGGUUAAGAACAGACCCACCAGCAUUUCCUGGGAUGGCCUUGACCCGGGGAAGCUCUACACCUUGGUCCUCACAGACCCGGAUGCUCCCAGCAGGAAGGAUCCCAAAUUCAGGGAAUGGCACCAUUUCCUGGUGGUCAACAUGAAGGGCAAUGACAUCAGCAGUGGGACAGUCCUCUCUGACUACGUGGGCUCUGGACCUCCCAAAGGCACAGGCCUCCACCGGUACGUCUGGCUGGUCUAUGAGCAGGACAAGCCGCUGAAGUGUGACGAGCCCAUUCUCAGCAACCGAUCUGGAGACCACCGCGGCAAGUUCAAGGUGGCAGCCUUCCGCAAGAAGUACCAUCUCGGAACCCCGCUGGCUGGCACGUGCUACCAGGCAGAAUGGGACGACUAUGUGCCCAAGCUGUACGAGCAGCUGUCCGGGAAGUAGGGCCCCCAGAUGCCAGCAGCGGCGUUCCCAGUUCAGUGACGCAUGCCAUUUCUUCUCUCUGUCCUGCAUAGGGGUAGGGUAGUAGUGGUAUAGGGUGACCUUGCCGUGCCUGUCCUUUAAACUGUAGAUAGUCACACAUCUGGUUUAUGUUUUGAUCACAUUCAAACGCUGUCUGGGGAGAUGUUUGGCGCCGCGCUGGGGUCGUUACACUGUAAGUAAGGGCGUAGCAACUCGAGCAGAACGGCCAGGUCUGCAGGGAGAGGGCAACGGGUCAGAGUUGAAGGUGCUUUGCUGACAGAUUUUGCUGGCCCUGCCUGUGUGGCAGAGUCCAGAACUGCACAGUGGUGGUGUCUCCUGACAUUUUUUUAGGGUACCAUCUCCCAGCGAGAACGCCCGAAGUUUGCUUCUCAGCUGUACCCCAACUCUGCUCAGGCUGCCCCUGGAAAACAGACCUGGCCAAGCGACAGGGAGAGUGGCUUUGCUGUACGGGAGGCCAUCCUGAUGCUAGGUAGCAGGUCGUCAGCAAUCCUUAACUCAGUUCCUGCUCAGUUGACAUUUCUUGCUGGAAUAAGAAAAGCAGAUCUGGAGUUGCUUGAUGUUUUGUUCAUUCUGUUUGCUUAUUGUUGAAUAAAAAGAAAGCGUUGGAUGAUCCA